AUGGUUAUCCAGGACUCAUCGAAGAGUAGUUCAGAAACUAUUCUCUCAAAAAAUGAUCAGGAUACGCAUUUAUCAGCUCCAAAAGAACGACUCUCUGAGUCAUGUUUAACUGGAGAUGUAAUUAUAUGUAUACCAAGUAUUAAUGACAUAAAUCUACUUUCAGAUUUUCUUAAAACCUAUCAAUUGGGCUCUUAUUGGGUGUAUCCAAUAAAAGAUAUAAACUCCAAUGACAUGGAAAAUGUUAUAAAAAUUCUUGAUCAAGGUUGUGCAAAAAUUGUCAUUCCUGGUUCUUUGAUUUUAUCAUCACCAACUUCUUUACCAGAAAAAAUUUUUGAUAUUCCAUCAGAAAGGUUGGCAAUAAAUUUAAAUCUCUAUGAUUUAUCAGGACAAAAUAGUAAAGUUGACCAAUUGGUUAACAAGUUAUAUUCAUUGGUUUCUGGGUAUAUUAUCACUAUUUUGGAACAAGAUUUAUCUGAAAAAUUAAAAAAUUCUUAUCCUGAAAAUCUUUUUAAAACAUUGGAAAAUUUUAUUGAUUUAAAUCAAAAAAAUAUAUUAUCAUCAGGAGGACUUGCAAAAAUUAGUGUCAAUCUCUUGAAAAAAGAUUUUAAUUAUUCAUUAGAUUUGAUAAAAAAAUUUUCAGAUAAAAAUUUAGCACCAGUAGUUCCAAUUGAAAAGCUUACUUUGGAGUCAAAUCAUGACAAUUCUACUAUUAAUUUAGCUGAUUCAUUUAGUUGUACUCUAAAAUCAGAUCGUCCUGACAAUUUGUUUACUACAGUUGUGGUAAAUGAAAGUGAUGAAGCAUUAGGUGUUGUUUAUUCUUCAAUUGAAAGCAUAAGAGAAGCAAUCAAAACCAGAACAGGUGUUUAUCAAAGUCGAAAACGUGGAUUAUGGUACAAAGGUUCAACAUCGGGUGCAAUCCAAGAAUUAAGAAAAAUUCUGAUUGAUUGUGAUAAUGACUCAUUAAAGUUUGUUGUUAAACAAUUUGGAAGUGGAUUUUGUCAUUUAAAUACACAAACUUGUUUUGGUUCAAGCAACGGCUUAUCACAAUUAGAACAAACACUCUUAAGUCGUAAAGCAUCUGUACCACCUGGCUCUUACACCCAAAAAUUAUUUCAAAACCCUGAUUUGCUUAAAUCAAAAAUCAUGGAAGAAGCUGAUGAAUUAUGUGCAGCAACUAGUAAAGAGGAAAUUAUAUGGGAAGCUGCUGACUUGAUAUAUUUCACUCUUGCCAAAUGUGUAGCUAAUGGGGUUUCAUUAUCAGACAUAGAAUCACAUUUGGAUAAGCGAGCAAAAAAAAUUUCUAGAAGACCAGGUGAUGUGAAACCAAAAUGGGAUGUAUCAAAAAAACAAGAAAAAGAAACAUCAAAUAGUGAAGUUGAUCAAAAAUCCAAUUCCAUAAACCAAGAAAUGAUAAGCAUGCAAAAUUUUACUUUAUCUGAAAUUGAUGCCACCAAAAGAUUAUCAUUACUUCAAUGA